GACGCCGUCGUCCUCCUCCACGUCCAGCCGACGAGCGUCCUCUACGGCGCCGACUGGGGAGCCAUUGACUUGUCUCCGCAGUGGGAUCCUGAGAACGAAGAGUCUCAGAAGAAGCUAGAAGACGAUUUCGACGUCUUCACUAAUAAAAAGGCUAGCGACGUUGCUCAGCCUUUGGUGGAAGGAGAGAUUCCGUUUAAGAUACAUAUCGUGAAAGAUCACGAUAUGAAGGAGAGGCUGUGUUUGGAGGUUGAGAGGUUAGGGCUUAGUACGUUGAUCAUGGGGAGCAGAGGAUUUGGUGCGACGAAGAGGAGCAGUAAAGGGAGGUUAGGGAGUGUUAGUGAUUACUCUGUUCAUCAUUGUGCUUGUCCUGUGGUGGUUGUUAGGUUUCCUGAUGAUAAGGACGGAGAGGAUGAGAAAGGUGGUGUGAAUGGUGGUGAGAGUUUGGUGGAAAGUGAUAAGCUUCAUACGGUUCCUGAGGUUGCUGAGGAAGAGUAUCAUGAUGCUUCGGAUAAGCAGCAGCAGCAGCAACAAGCAGUAGGAGACCUCCCUAAGGAGACAUAGAAGGAGAAGAUAAGCGUUUAUGCUUGGUUUGUGUUGUUGAUCGGUGCUUGAUCUUCUGAUGUUUGGGAUGAUUUUCUGAUCUUUGAGUUGUAAGUAUGGUCUUGUGUCUGUGUUUUUGUUUUUGUUUUGAACUGUGUGGAAGUUCAGAGAUGAAUGGAUUCGGUGUCUUGUGUUUGUGUCCUUGAGAAGAAAAAAAACAGUUGAAAAGGAUUUAAAUGUUUCAAACGUAGCGGUUGAUUAAAUUCAGCUACACAAACAUAGCGUCUUUGACGGUUCCAAG